AUGGAUAAUAUUCUUGGUCUUCUCAAACUACGUAUCAAAAGAGGAAUUAAUAUUGCAAUUCGUGAUUCUAUUUCUAGCGACCCUUAUGUUGUUGUCAAAAUGGGUGAAGAGUUGCAGAAGCUGAGGACUAGUGUUGUGAAAAACAAUUGCAACCCUGUGUGGAAUGAAGAACUAACCCUUUCAAUAAAGGAUGUUCAUACUCCAAUACAUAUAACAGUUUUUGACAAAGACACAUUCUCUCUCGAUGACAAAGUGGGUGAUGCAGACAUAGACUUGCUACCAUAUGCUAAUGCUGUACAAAUGAAGUUGGAUACUCUUCCAGAUGGUUGUGCAAUCAAGACGGUUCAACCAAGUAGGACUAAUUGUCUUGCCGAAGAGAGUAGAUGUAUUUUGAAAGAUGGAAAAGUAGUCCAAGAAAUGCUUCUAAAAUUGAGAAAUAUUGAGAGUGGUGAAUUGGUUGUGGAAAUUGAAUGGGUGGAUAUUCCUGGUAGUAGAGGUCUAUUAGGGGGACAAAGUUAA